AUGCAGCCAUUACAAUGGUUGAAAAUACUACUCUUGCUGAAUUAUGGCGCUGGGCGACAAGUGCGGCUUGGACGACAAGCCGGAUAUAACUAUCAAAGGCCGAGGGUACCGUUCUUCUUACCGACUGAGAAUGUCGGUUCGAACGUACCUGCCUAUCCCGCACAACGUUACAACUAUCCAAGUUAUCCUACUUAUAAUUAUCCUGCUCCUUAUCGACCUUUUCAACCAGCUCUUCCAUCUUAUCCAUCUCCUCAACCACCACCUUCUUAUCCAUCGCCACAACCACCACCUUCUUAUCCGUCUCCUCAGCCACCACCUUCUUAUCCGUCUCCCCAGCCAAUACCUUCUUAUCCAUCACCGCAGCCACAACCUUCUUAUCCAUCACCACAGCCACAACCUUCUUAUCCAUCACCUCAGCCACCUCCUUCAUAUCCAUCUCCACGGCCACCACCUCCUUCGUAUCCAUCCCCACGACCACCACCUCCUUCGUAUCCAUCCCCACGACCACCACCUCCUUCGUAUCCAUCUCCACGACCUCCACCACCAUCCUAUACAUCUCCACAACCACCACCUCAAACACAAGAAGUUAUAGUAAUAUCUUCAACUCCAUAUCCUGCAUCACGCCAGCCAACGCCAUCACCUACACCUUUUCCUCAACCAUCCUAUCCUCCAUCGCGACCUCCUCCAAGACUUCCACCUCCUCCCCUUUCACCUCCACCAUCCCAAUCUCCUUAUCCACCUAGUUCAACACCAACCCCCUAUACUCCUUCAAGUCCACCAUUAUUACCAUCUCCAUCUUAUUCACCUUCGCCCACAACACCAACCCCUUAUCCACCAUCAGGCCCUCCUUCGAGACCAUCAUCACCUUCAUUUUCUUAUCCACCAUCAUAUACUCCGUCGACUCUACCACCGAUAACAACUCCUUUUCCACCAUCAUACCCUUCGACGCCGCCUUCAUUACCCACAACGUCACAAUCACGACGUCCUAUUUCAGGACCAAAAUAUCUACCACCAAGUACUUCUCCACGACCAGCUUAUAACCAACAAGUUUAUACAACAUCUAGGCCUGGCUCUACACCCGCACCAACAUAUUUACCUCCUUAUGAUCAAGGAAAUAGCAGACAACCUGCUUUUAGUAGUCUUUCAGGAAGCGGCUCUUCCGCCUUUCCUUCAUCUUUUGCGAAUUCAGGAGUAGUGAAGCUAAGCGGUACCGCUACUUCGUCAAGCUCAUUCAACAUCGGCUUUCGAGGCACUCCAUCGAACACUGCUUCAGCGAAUGGAGCGUAUUAUAAUACUCAAAGUCCUUCUGCAUUCACGUCAACCGGAACAUUGUCGCAAGUCACGAAAAUAACCGGACCUGGUGCUGCGCCAGCAUCCUACAGUGUUCCGGCUAUUUCGAGUCCAGGAAUUGGAGGACAAGACGCAAAUUAUCCGACAUAUGUUCAAGCACCUAGCCCAGCGUAUUACCCUGCUCCUGCUCCUGCUCCAGCAGCACAACCAGCUCCAAAUUUUCUUACAGCCACUUAUCCUAUUCAAGCACCACCUAAUACUGCUUUGUCAGCAGCUUUCAAUCCUGCACCGCCAUUCCUGUCAAGUACACCUUCUCUACCAGCUGGAAAUUAUGUUCAAAGUCCAGCUGUUCCAGGGGUGGUAGGACCUCCUGUUCAAAUUUAUUCUCCAGCUUCUACUGCUGUAGUUGCUCAGGCAGGCUAUCCUAGUUAUCAAUCUGUUUCUCCAGCCCCUGCUGCUCAGCCAGCCUAUCCAAGUGUUUAUCAAUCUGUUGCUCCAGGUCCAGCAUCAGCUCCAGCAUUUAUACCUAGUCCUGCCUUUCAAACAGUUCCUAGUCCUUCACAAUCAACUUUUGUAAAUCCACCAGCGCAAACCUACCUCGCAACAAACGUUCCCAGUUAUCCUAGUUACCAGCAACAAUCUCCAGCAGCACCAAUGUACAAUUAUCAGCCAUCGAUACCAGCGGUACAACAGCAACCAUCGUUUUCUCCAGCAGUACAACAACAAACGUCGUUUUCUCCAACAGUACAACAACAAACUUCGUUUGCUCCAGCAGUGCAACAACAAACAUCGUUUGUUCCAACAGUGCAACAGCAACCAUCGUUUGCUCCAGCCAAUCCACCGUCAAUCAGCUACAUUCCACAAACGGGAUGA